AUGACGUUCAACUUAACACAUCUGUUGGUUUACUUGGGGUUGUUGGUUGGAGGACUAGUUCUCUAUGGCUUCAGCAUUGUUGUUUACCGAGUCUUCUUUCACCCUCUAGCCAAAUAUCCAGGCCCAUUCAUCGCCAAGAUCACAGAUGGUUACCAGCUCUACCACGCUUGGAAGGGCGACAGGCACCUCGAGUUCUGGCGCAUGCACCAAAAAUACGGCCCAGUUGUCCGCUUCGGCCCCAACUCGCUUUGCUUCAACUCCAACAAGGCCCUCAAGGAGAUCUACGGCUUCCGCACAAACGUCCGCAAGGCCGAAUUCUACAAUGCCUUUGUUCACCCUACCGCCAAUACGCAUAACACGCGCGAUAAGGAAGUCCAUGCCCGUAAGCGCCGUGUCAUGUCUCAGGCCUUCUCCGAGAGCGCCAUGAAGGAGAUGCAGCGAUACAUCUUGGGCAACGUCCGUACUUUCUGCGAGCAGAUUGGUAUGCUGGAGGGUUCUGGAGAAGAGACCAAGGGCUGGACCAAGCCUCGAAAGAUGAGCGACUGGUGCAAUUACCUUGCCAUGGAUAUUCUUGGUGAUUUGUGCUUCGGCAAGGCUUUCCAUAUGCUUGAGAGCCCGACUAACCGCUUUGCCCUGGAGCUUGUUGAAGCUGCCACAACCCGCCACCUUCUCUGUGGAACCAUGCCCAUCGUGAACAAGCUCAACUUGGACAAGAUUCUCUUCCCUGGACUCGCUGCUGGUCGUGCUCGCUACAUGGGCUACAGUAAGGGCCAACUCGCAGAGCGCACGAAGCUUGGUGAGGAGACAGAUCGCCGCGAUUUCUUCUACUAUCUUCUCAAGGCCCGCGAUCCUGAGACUGGCCAGGGCUUCAGCACUCCUGAGCUCUGGUCCGAGUCCAACCUACUUAUCAUUGCUGGAUCUGACACCACAUCGACCGCGAUGGCUGCCACUCUCUUCUACCUUGUCCGAUGCCCUCGCGCUCUCGAGCGAGUCACUGAAGAAAUCCGAAGCAAAUUCAAUGAUGUCGAGGAGAUUUUCCAAGGUGCCACUCUCGCAUCUUGCACCUACCUCCGAGCCUGUAUCGAUGAAGCUAUGCGUCUCUCUCCAUCUGUCGGUGGUAUUCUUCCCCGUGAGGUUCUUUCCGGCGGCAUCACCGUUGAAGGCCGUGCCAUUCCCGAGGGCACCAUUAUUGGCGUUCCCCAUUAUACCAUCCACCACAAUGAGUCCUACUAUCCCUCGCCAUAUGAGUACGUCCCUGAGAGAUGGCUUGUUGGUGCUCUCAACCCCCUCACUGGCGAGAAGACAACCGAGGAUGAGGUUGCUCUGGCUGCCAGUGCAUACUGCCCCUUUAGCAUUGGGCCCCGUGGCUGUAUCGGCAAGGGUCUCGCCUAUGUUGAGAUGACGAACACACUUGCCCGCACUAUGUAUCUUUAUGAUAUGCGCAAGGCUAUUGGUAUCGUCGAUCCUGCUGAGGGCAACCCUAAGAAUGAAUGGGGUCGACACCGACCAAGCGAGAUGCAAUUAGUUGAUACAUUUACGAGUGCUAAGAACGGACCUAUGAUUGAGUUCCGUAAGGCUUCGCACAUCCAGGCAUGA